CGUCCACCUUCGCCUGACCUUUUCCAUAUCGGUGAUGAGGAAUACCACGCUCGAUACAUCACACUCUCACCCCUUCGUAACGCCUAUACCCAUGCGUCUACUUCCAGGAUUUUGCAAAGAAGUCAUCUUUGCCAAAGUUACGGACACCACUCCGCCUUAGGCUUUUAGGCACGGACGAAAACUGAUUGUAACAGCCGAUUCAAGACCUUGUAAGGAGGAAGAGUCGACGGACAGGCAGUCCAUCAGCAGGUUGAUUGGGCGUUCGAUUCGGACUUCCCCCAUGCACCAAGGUAAGUGACAAGGGGAUUAGUCUUUCAUUGCCACAGACCAAACACUUCAACCAUCCAAUAAGGACCACGACGAGAUGACACCACGACGACAGCGUGGGAUGGUCACACCGGUGACCACGUCAUCGUUGUGCCGAGACCAGCGUCGCCUAACGUCCUGCUGGCUACUUAAGUCUCGGACGUCGCCCACCCACCUCCUCUACAACCCUCUUUCCUUUCUCUCCGCAACAUGGCCUCCCGUCGCACCGCUGCGUCCGUAUCAGAACAAUUUCUGGCGCCAUGGUCACCCGAAGCUCUUAUCGCUGAAGUCUACUCACUCGCAGAGGAGAAAGGGUUUUACACACGUUGGACGUCGGUCCUGUCGGCUAAGCUGAAGAUUCAGCUCCCUAAUGGAGAUUCCGACUUGAACUCGUGUCUACAGGAGGCCCCGAAAGAAGAUCUCAUCGCUUGUGUUACGGCCCUCCGUACCGAGCUAGAAGCCAGCACACGUGUAAGAUCACAACGGAAGACCUGUCGAAGGCGACUCUCAGUCACCAAACGACGGACCAGUCAGGAGAAGCGCCAAGCCAGAGAAAAAAGAAGCAAAACGCAGGCCAAAGUCACGCCUCAAGAUAUGGGAGACCCGCUCGGAGUGGCCCAACCCAGGCAAAGUAUGGAUGUCGAGCUACAAAAGGUGGAAAAUCAGGAGACCAGAGUCGUCCAGAUUAAAGAAGUAUUGGCCGUGCAGCACAUGCAACAGCAGAAGUUCACUUCUUUCGAGGCUCAAUUUGGCGAAAUGAAGAUUAAAACGGAAGCCUACCAUCAGCAGCUACUGGGAGAGUUGAAGAUGACCCAGCAGACCAUCGAUUCGGCCGUAACAGCAUUGCAAGCUGAUCGCACAAUACAAGCUUUGGUAGGAGGGGACUUUAUUGAUAUCCGUCGCUGCAUGGAAGAGCAGGCACUUGCCAUGCGUGAGAAUGACGAACAGCUCAGGGAGGCCCGACGGCUGAUCGAUGAACAUCGUGCCGAAAUCAGAUAUCUCAAAACCCAGCUCGACAAAAAUCAGAAAGAGAUCCAACAGGGAUGCGUGGGGAAACCGACGUCAGUUACCUCUGCCGAUGCUUUUUCAGAGGCGAACACAGACGGCGACAAAGCGACUGUGUCAACUUCCUCGGCCGAAUCGACACAGUUACAAGGAAGCUAUCCUGCGGAAACAACUCAAUCGCAUAGUAUUUUUGCAUCAAGUUCGCUUUCCACAUCAUCAGCAGCAGGAAUACUUGCUGGCAUGUCUCAAACCUCGAAGUCGUCGGAUGGUAACAUGGCUCCAUCGGAUCCGAUCGCUGUAAACUCCCAAUAUACACCAAUAUUUACGGAAACACAGCAAGUACAUGAGGGACUACUGAGUGAUGUCGGAUUGGAAGACUAUUUUCACUACACCAUCGACUCCGGUAGCAGUGAUCUUCGCGGCAUCUCGGCGGGAACAACUCCCAAAUGCUGUGGUCGGAUUCCGCAUGCUUUAACUGACCGAGGCUGCAUCCUCUGCGACCAGCACUGUUUGCAAUUCACUAUGAUGACUCCUCAGCAGAUGGGCACGGUUCUGAGGCCUGGUUUCUGUUGCCCAGCCUGCUCCGACCGAGGCUGUAAAUAUGCGGUGGCGCUGGAUAUUUCCUACGUUGAGGUUCAGAGGCCUAAAUCUAUUUCUGGAUAUUGAGGGGCAAGUGUUUCUAAUGUCAAUGGCGCGGCAUAGAAGUCAAUUAGUCAUUUAUUGAGUCGUUUCUGGUGAGUCGAGGCGAUUUUCCCUUACCCAAACCAUAGG